AUGCCGGAAUUCACCCCCGCCGAGGUUCAGAGCCUGAAGGCUAGCUAUGACGAGGCUGGCCAGGGUCACGUCUUCACCUACUUCGACUCCCUCGCCCUACCCGAGCAGAAGGCCUUCUUCGAGCAGCUGCAGAAGAUCGACCCCGCCCGGGUCAACAAGCUCCGCGAGCUAGCUCUGAACCCUCCCAAGGAAGAUGGCGAGGCCGUCCUCGAACCCCUCCCCGACUCCGCCAAUGCCAGCAUACUCGAUUCGAAACCUGAGGACAUUCAGAGGUGGUACGAUCUUGGCCUGGAGCUCAUCGGGAAGGGCGAGGUCGCCGUGGUUCUACUGGCCGGCGGUCAAGGCACCCGCUUGGGAAGUAAGGCUCCCAAGGGCUGCUUCGACAUCCAACUCCCCUCCCACAAGUCCCUCUUCCAGAUCCAGGCCGAGCGGAUCAUCAAAGUCCAGAAGCUCGCCGCCGAGCGAGCUGCCGAUCCUGCGAAGGCCGUCAUCCCUUGGUUCAUUAUGACCAGCGGCCCGACCCGCGGACCGACCGAGAAAUUCUUCAAGAAGGAGAGGCUGGACGAGCUGACGGACGAGGAGAAUGACAACCGCGCCAAGGGAGAGCCUUACUUCGGCUUGGACCCCGCGAACGUGACCAUCUUCGAGCAGGGCGUGCUUCCUUGCAUCACGAACGACGGCAAGUUCAUGCUCGCGAGUAAGGACAAGGUCGCCGUAGCCCCCGACGGCAACGGCGGCUUGUACAAGGCGCUGCAAGACGAGGGCGUCCUGGACAAGAUGCGCGCGAGCAUCAAGCACGUCCACGCCUACUGCGUGGACAACUCGCUGGCCAAGGUUGCCGACCCCGUCUUCAUCGGCUUCGCGGCCGAGAAGAAGGUCAAGAUCGCCACCGAGGUGGUGCGGAAGCGCGACGCCCAGGAGUCGGUUGGGCUCAUCCUGCAGAAGAACGGCCGGCCCGACGUGGUCGAGUACUCCGAGAUCGACGAGGCCACCCGCCAGGCGCUGGACCCGAAGCAGCCCACGAUCCUCAAGUUCCGCGCCGCCAACAUCGUCAACCACUACUACUCGUUCGCGUACCUCGACAGCAUGGGGGACGCGGUGAACCGGCUGCCGCCGCACAUCGCGCGCAAGAAGAUCCCAUACUUCGACGUCGACACGGGCGCGGCCGUCGCCGACGUCAAGGCCCCGAACGGCAUCAAGCUCGAGCAGUUUGUCUUCGACAACUUUAAGUGGCUCGACCUGCCCGAGUUUGCCUGCUUCGAGGUGAGGCGCGAGGAGGAGUUCUCACCGCUCAAGAACGCGGACCCGGCCCGCGCCGCCGACGGCUCCUUCGCGAAGCCGCCCGAGGACAGUCCGACGACCAGCCGCAAGCACAUCAAGGAGCAGGGCAGGCGGUGGGCCGAGGCCGCCGGCGCGACCGUCGACAACGGUGACGCCGACGGAGGCCUCGAGGUUUCGCCGCUCACGAGCUACGGCGGCGAGGGACUAGAGAGCUUCAAGGGACAGGUAAUUAGCCAGCUUACGAUUUGA